CAGAAAAAUAAAGUAUGGAGUUUGUAUCCGCAACGGGGAAUCUGCGCGAGUAACGCAAAGUGCAGAGUGUUACCGGUGGACAAGACCUUUUCCCCGUUCCAUUGGCGUCAACGUCCACAGCGUCUCAGUUGCCGAAUCGUAACCCAUCCUUCAGCAGACAGACGCGGCACAUUCAUCUACAAUAAAAGCCUGAAACUGCGCCUCCAUCUACAACGCAAUGAUGCCGCCAUCGUGAUUCCAUCAUGGGAAAGCAAACUAGUCUCCCCACUCUCUCAAGAACUGAUGAGCAGCUACUUGAAAUCCGCGCAGAAACUCGUACAAAUCCAUAUGCCAAGUUGGCAUGGCUCACAACUACCAUCAUUGUGCUUAGUUGUAUCUGUAAGAAGCUCUUAUCAUCUCUCUUUAUUCAUGUUGGGCAACUGGCGAGCCUGGGAUUGUUGGUUAAGGGGCUGUCUAGCCAUCAAACCGUACAAACCAUUACCGUUUUUGACCUAAGCAAACUGGUAUGGACCGUGGGUAAUGAGGCGUUGAAUAUUUCUGUGCCCGGUAGUCUACCUUCUCAUGUGCACCUCGACUUGUUCAAGGCUCGAGUUAUCAAUGACCCUUACUUCGGGCUGAAUGACUUCAACCUGCGAUGGAUAGCUUUGAACAAUUGGACGUACUCUGCAGAAUUACCGCUAGAUCAAAAGGGUUCGAGAUCUACAUGGCUUCUGUUCAACGGUCUUGAUACAUUUACCAGCAUUGAGCUCUGUGGCCACCACGUGGCCAGCACAAACAAUCAGUUUCGUCAAUACUAUUUCGACGUCAGAAACAUACUGGCGAGCUGUGAAGGUGUUUAUUUGCUUACCCUCAACUUCGGAAGUGUUCCGGCUAUUGCAGACGAAAUAGCUGCGCAACCUGGUCAAGAGACAUGGCCAUUCGGUGUCGAAGGAUUAUUCGAAUUCCCCAAUCGCCAGUUUGUCAGAAAAGAACAGAGCGAUUUUGGAUGGGAUUGGGGCCCAGCCUUCGUACCAGUUGGUCCCUGGUUGCCGGCUUAUGUUAUACAGCUGGGCCCAUCCGAUUUGUACAUCCGAAACACGAUGGUAGACAUAUAUCGGAGAGGCCAAUUACCUCUGAUUCCACCAGAUCAAACUCAGCCCUGGAUAAUGAACGUGAGUCUGGACGUCAUCGGGAGUAUUCCGCCUAAUAUCGAUCUUGAAUAUCGCUUGACGGAUGCUUCAAAUAUCACAAUAAUGAGCGGGUCUCUCCGCAAUGUCACCCUGUCCACUGAAUCAAUUACAGGAACCACUCUAGUCCCAGCUGAUGCUGUUGAACUUUGGUGGCCAAAUGGGUUGGGACCACAAACGCUCUACAGUGUGGAGUUAGUCAUCACUCUAGGCAAAGGCGUGAAUAGGCUCAUUAUUGCCUCCACAACAAAGCGCGUAGGAUUCAGGACGAUCGUACUCAAUCAAGAGCCAAUACGACAAGAUCAGAUAGAUCGUGGUGUUGCUCCGGGAAACAAUUGGCAUUUCGAAAUCAACGGGCAUGAGUUCUAUGCAAAGGGAUCAAAUUUCAUUCCACCCGAUGCUUUCUGGCCGCGAGUCACGCGUGCAAGAAUACAGCAGCUGUUCGAUGCUGUCAUUACAGGAAAUCAGAAUAUGCUCAGAGUAUGGUCCAGCGGUGUAUAUUCUCCAGAUUUCAUGUUCGAAAUCGCUGAUGAACUUGGGAUCCUCCUGUGGUCUGAAUUCGAGUUUGGCGAUGCCCUUUACCCUGUGGAUGAAGAUUUUCUCAACAAUGUUCGUGAAGAAGCAAAUUUUCAGGUUCGGCGGGUCAAUCAUCAUCCCUCACUUGCGCUCUGGGCAGGUGGCAACGAACUCGAGAACCUCGAGUUGCCAAUGGUUAAACGGAUCGCACCCGAUCAAUUCGAAAGAUAUUUGGCGGAAUAUGAAGAGCUCUUCCUCGGUGUCCUAGCCCCUUGCGUUUUCGAAAAUUCAAGGAGUAUCUCAUAUACACCCAGUAGCUCGGGUAAUGGUUGGCAAUCGUUGAACUUCUCGACACCACAACCCAUUGUACAACGAUACGACAAUAAAACAGCGGGAUGUAUCUAUGGAAACACUGAUUAUUAUCAGUACGACUCUGCUCUAGCUUUCGACUUCUCGACUUAUCCGAUUGGUCGAUUUUCGAACGAAUUCGGUUACCAUUCAAUGCCAUCGAUACAAAGCUGGCGUCAAGCUGUCGCACCAGAGGAUCUUCACUUCAACUCAUCAGUAAUCCAGCUCAGAAAUCACCACUAUCCACCAGGAGGUCUAAACGAAUCCAAUUUCGCCAAUUCUACGAAGGGAAUGGCGGAAAUGACGAUUGCGGUGCAGCGAUGGUAUCCUUCACCCAACAAAACGGAUCAUGCAGCAAAUUUUUCGUCAUGGUGUCACGCCACGCAGAUUUUCCAAGCAGACUUCUACAAGAGUCAAAUCAUGUUUUAUCGCCGAGGAAGCGGGAUGCCAGAGCGACAGCUGGGUUCGCUGUAUUGGCAGCUGGAAGACAUUUGGCAAGCUCCAACCUGGGCUGGUAUCGAAUACGACGGACGCUGGAAGGUCCUUCACUACAUCACGAAAGACAUAUAUCAGAAUAUUAUCAUUACACCUUUUAACGAUGCCACCACCGGUAACUUCGAGAUAUAUGUAACAUCGGAUCUCUGGAGCCCAGCAAACGGCACAGCAAGUUUCGCAUGGUACGAUUGGUCCGGAAACGUCCUCGACAUUCCUAUUCCUAGUUUUGUCAACUUCAGUGUUGGCGCCAUCAAUACAACUCGUGUUUUUCAAGGAAACAUGUUUGAUAUGCUUGGAUCAUACGACCCUAAAGAUGUUGUCCUCCGCAUGGAAAUAUUUGCGGAUGGCUGGUUGCCAAAUAACAAGAAUGCCCAAACUUUCAAUCAUGUCAACUGGUUCCAUGCCUCGCCUCUCUCUCAAGCUCGACUAGUCGAUCCAGGCUUGCAGAUCAGGCACCAGGAUGGUUUCUUUUCAGUUCGAGCUAGUAGAGGCGUUGCGGCUUGGGUCUGGUUAGAUUAUCCUGAAGGCUCAGUGGUCGAGUUUGACAGCAACGGUUUCUGGCUGCAUGCUGGUGAAGAGCGUACGGUUGGCUAUAAGCUCAUCAAUGGACAUACUGGGGAUUCCUGGGCCGAAAGUGUCACCGCGCAAAGUUUGUUCGACUUGACGCUGCCUUAGGGAUUGCGUGGGUCACGUACGGAGAAUCCAGCUGCUGCAUGCUGAAGCACGCCAUACACAGGUCGAGACACCAAUUCUUUAUUUCAACCCAUCAAUAGCAGUACUUGUUUAUUCGGCAUGGGGUUGUUUUGGAAGUAGCUUUAUCGGUGUGUGUGGGGUAGAUCGCUCAUCUCGAAGUUCACACUUCCAAUGAAUU